GGCUCGCAAGACGAGAAGAACCAAGUUCCGGUGAUGCCCUCGUUCCGUUUCCCCUCGCCGAACCUUCCACAGACAAAAAAUACGCAAGAAACUGUCCCAUCGAAGUGAGGCCAUUCCGGUCAUUCGCAAAUGGAAAUCCGCGGCUAUCUAUACGUGCACGCCUUUGACCAGAUGACAUUUCAUGCCCGAAGAAAUUUCUUCUUGCGACAAAGCUUCUUCCACCUCUCGCGCUAUUUAGAUCUUCACACAAUUCGGUGAGCUUCGGGAACGAAAAAUGGCGGAGAACAAGCCGACGAUGCAUGCGGUCUGCUACUUGUCUUACGGCGGAGGAUCCGCCGGGUUGAAGCAUGUGGAUGUCCCGGUUCCUGCACCUAAAAAGGAUGAGGUUUUGCUGAAACUGGAAGCAAUUAGUGUGAAUCCUUAUGAUUGGAAAAUGCAGAAAGGAGUGAUGAGACCAUUUCUUCCGCGCAAGUUCCCUCAGAUACCUGCCUCGGAUGUAGCAGGAGAGGUUGUUAAGGUUGGACCGGCGGUCAAGAAAUUUAAACCCGGUGACAAAGUCGUAGCCACGCUCAACAUCCUUGCAGGAGGUGGAUUGGCUGAGUUCGCCGUUACAAGGGAGAGCCUAACAGCGGCAAGGCCACCUGAAGUAUCAGCCCCAGAAGCGGCAGGGUUGCCCAUGGCCGGUAUCACGGCUCUCCAGGCCCUCACCCAAGCUGCCGGGGUAAAGCUCGACGGGAGCGGGCCGCUGAAGAACAUCCUGAUCACCGCUGCCUCGGGCGGCGUCGGCCACUACGCGGUCCAGCUCGCGAAGCUGGGAAACACCCACGUGACCGCAACUUGCGGGGCCCGCAACGUCGACCUCGUCAAGAGCCUCGGCGCCGACGAGGUCCUCGACUAUAAGACCCCGGAGGGAGCUGCCUUGAAGAGCUCAUCCGGCAAGAAGUACGACUUCGUGGUCCACUGCGCGGAAGGAUUCCCUUGGUCAGUUUUCGAGCCGAACUUGAGCGAAUGCGGCAAGGUGAUAGAUCUCAGUCCGAGUGUCGGGGGCAUGAUGACUUUUGCUCUCAAGAAGCUCACCUUCUCCAAGAAGCAGCUCGUGCCGAUGAUGGCAACACUCAAAAGUGAGGAUCUGGAGCUUCUGGUACAGUUGGUUAAGGAAGGGAAGCUCAAGACCUUCAUCGACUCGACGCAUCCGCUGAGCCAAGCUGAAGAUGGUUGGGCAAAGUCUCUCAGCGGUCGCGCCACUGGUAAGAUAAUUGUAGUGCCAUAAGACCAAGUACUGGUGUUAUGUUAUGCUGUUGUUUAGUAC